GGCCAAAUGGCAGAAAGAAAUUCCUCAGUGACUGAGUUUAUCCUUGCUGGGUUAACAGACCAACCAGAGCUGCAGCUGCCCCUAUUCCUCAUCUUCCUUGCAAUCUACCUGUUUACGGUGCUGGGCAACCUGGGCAUGAUCAUCCUGAUCCUGCUCAGCUCCCACCUGCACACCCCCAUGUACUUCUUCCUCAGCAGUCUGUCCUUCAUUGACCUCUGUUAUUCCACUGUCAUUACUCCGAAGAUGCUGGUGAACUUUGUGUCAGAGAAGAACAUCAUCACUUAUCAGGAAUGUAUGACUCAGCUCUAUUUCUUCAUUUCUUUUGUUAUAUCAGAGUGUCACAUGCUGGCUGCAAUGGCAUAUGACCGCUACAUUGCGAUUUGUAAUCCCUUGCUCUACAAUGUCACCAUGUCUUACCAAGUCUGUUCCUGGAUGGUAGUUGGCGUGUAUGGCAUGGGCAUCAUCGGUGCAGCAGUUCAUACUCUCUGCAUGCUAGGAGUGGUUUUCUGUAAGGCUAAUAUAAUAAACCAUUACUUCUGUGAUCUUUUUCCAUUGAUGGAGCUUGCCUGCUCCAGUACUUAUGUCAAUGAGGUAGUACUCCUAUGCCUUAGUACUUUCAAUAUUUUUAUUCCAACCCUGACCAUCCUGGGUUCUUACAUCUUCAUAAUUGCUUGCAUCCUCCGUAUCAAAUCCACCGAGGGAAGAUUCAAAGCCUUCAGCACCUGUAGCUCCCACUUCUCUGCCGUUGCUGUCUUCUUUGGUUCCCUGGCAUUCAUGUACCUACAGCCCUUCUCAGUCAACUCCAAAGACAAAGGCAAAGUGUCCUCUGUGUUUUAUACCACUAUUGUGCCCAUGUUGAAUCCCAUGAUCUAUAGCCUAAGGAAUAGGGAUGUCAAACUUGCUCUAAAUAAGUUUUUUCAAAAAACAUAAGUUCCAUGUGUAA